AUGGAGUCCGGGGCGGCCACUACGGUCGGCCUGGCCCUGUGCCUCUCCUGUCUCGCUCUUCUUGUCUGGAAGCGGAUGCGUCGGGAAGGGAAGCUGCCCCCCGGCCCCUUCCCUCUGCCCUUCCUGGGGAACCUGCUCCACAUCCGUACCGAUGCCACUUUCCAGUCCUUCAUGGAGCUGAAGGAGAAGUACGGGCCGGUGUUCACCGUGUACCUGGGGCCGCGGCCGGUGGUGGUGCUCUGUGGCCACGAGGCGGUCAAGGAGGCGCUGGUGGACCAGGCCGAGGAGUUUGGUGGGCGCGGGGAGCUGGCCUCCAUCGAUCGGAACUUCCAAGGCCACGGCGUGGCUUUUGCCAACGGAGAACGCUGGCGCGUGCUCAGACGCUUCUCGCUGACGACGCUGCGCAACUUCGGCAUGGGCAAGCGCAGCAUCGAGGAGCGCAUCCAGGAGGAGGCCCAGUGCCUGCUGAGAGAGUUCCGCAAAACCCAAGCCGCCCCCUUCGACCCUACGUUCUUCCUGAGCCGCACCGUGUCCAACGUCAUCAGCUCUGUGGUGUUCGGCCACCGCUUCGACUAUGAGGACAAGCGGUUCCUCUCGCUGCUGCACGUGAUCAACGAGAGCUUCAUCCAGAUGAGCACCCCUUGGGCCCAGCUCUACGACAUGUACUCGAGCAUCAUGCGGUACCUGCCCGGGCCCCACAAUCAGAUCUACAACCUGAUCGAGGAGCUGAAGAACUUCGUCGCUGAGCAGGUCAGGGGGAACCGGGAGAGCUUGGACUCCAGCAACCCCCGCGACUUCAUCGACUGCUUCCUCAUCAAGAUGGAGCAGGAGAGGAAUGACCCUCUGUCUGAGUUCAAUCUCAAGAACCUGGUCCUGACGGCCCUGAACCUCUUCUUCGCCGGCACGGAGACGGUCAGCACCACCCUGCGCUACGGCUUCCUGCUGCUCAUGAAGUAUCCAGAAGUAGAAGCCAAGGUCCACGAGGAGAUCGACCGGGUGAUCGGGCGAGAACGGAUCCCGGGCAUCGAGGAUCGGAUGGGAAUGCCGUACACGGACGCCGUGAUCCAUGAGAUCCAGAGAGUCACAGACAUCGUGCCCAUGGGCGUGCCCCGCGCCGUCACCCGAGACACCCACUUCCGGGGCUACAUCCUCCCGAAGGGCACAGACGUCUUCCCUUUGCUGGGCUCCGCCCUCCGGGACCCCAAAUACUUCAGCUGCCCUGAUGGCUUCAACCCCGGCCACUUCCUGGAUGACGAGGGACGCUUCAAGAAGAAUGAGGCCUUCGUGCCCUUUGCCUCAGGGAGGCGUGUUUGCCUGGGCGAGGCCAUGGCCCGCAUGGAGCUGUUCCUCUACUUCACCACCGUUCUCCAGAGCUUCUCCCUGCGCUCUCUCAUUCCGGCCAAAGACAUCGACAUCUCGCCGCAGGUCAGCGGUUUCAGCAACAUCCCCCCGACCUACAAGUUCUGCGUCGUCCCCCGCUGAGCCCCCAUCCACCGCCCAGCCCCUGGGGAAAGAAAGGGCUGGGAAGGGUCUGGAGGCUCCCUUCCCUCCAGCACUCAA